CAAACUUCGGCAUCUCUUCUUCUUCUUCUUCGUUACCCAAGCUUCACAGUCACCGACCGCCGCCGUAGCAGCUCCCCUCGCUGCCGCUGCCGUCGCCGCCACAGCAUUCGAUCUCCAAUUUUUUUUUUUAGAAACCCUCGACUCCGCGGUUCUUUUCACAGAGUCGAGCUGGGUAGAGUUGGGUUUGUUUUGCUAGUUAUUGUUUGGUAAUUCUUGGAGAUUCUAACGUGGAGCCAGACGGACAAGGUUUUUGGAACGAAUUAAGCAAUGAAGGUGAAAGUGAUUUCCCGCUCCACAGAGGAAUUCACACGCGAACGCAGCCAGGACCUUCAGAGGGUUUUCCGAAAUUUCGAUCCAUCCCUUCGAUCCCAAGAGAAAGCUGUGGAGUAUGUUCGUGCCCUAAAUGCUGCUAAGUUAGAUAAGAUAUUUGCACGGCCCUUCAUUGGUGCAAUGGACGGCCAUAUUGAUGCAGUUUCGUGUAUGGCUAAGAACCCCAAUCAUUUGAAGGGAAUUUUUUCGGGUUCCAUGGAUGGAGAUAUUCGACUUUGGGACUUGGCAACAAGGAGGACAGUAUGCCAGUUUCCUGGUCACCAAGGUGCAGUGCGAGGUCUUACAGCAUCGACAGAUGGGAGAGUUCUUGUGUCAUGUGGGACUGAUUCCACUGUUCGGCUGUGGAAUGUACCCAUUCCUACUCUUAUGGAAUUUGAAUCUGAUGAUUCAUUGGGUGAUGGAAGCAAGCCACUUGCCGUCUAUGUUUGGAAAAAUGCCUUCUGGGGUGUGGAUCACCAAUGGGAAGGUGAUCUUUUUGCAACAGCUGGAGCUCAAGUAGAUAUAUGGAACCACAACAGAUCUCAGCCUGUUAACAGCUUUGAAUGGGGCCACGACACAGUUAUAUCUGUACGGUUUAAUCCUGGGGAGCCAAACAUAUUGGCAACUUCUGGCAGUGAUCGAAGUAUUACCAUAUAUGAUUUGCGAUUAUCAUCUCCCGCAAGAAAAAUAAUCAUGAGGACAAAAACUAAUUCUAUUGCAUGGAAUCCAAUGGAGCCAAUGAACUUCACAGCUGCAAAUGAAGACACCAAUUGUUAUAGCUACGAUGCUCGGAAAUUGAAUGAGGCGAAGUGUGUGCAUCAAGACCAUGUAUCUGCAGUUAUGGAUAUUGAUUACUCACCAACCGGUCGAGAAUUUGUAACGGGAUCUUAUGAUAGAACUGUAAGAAUAUUCUCGUAUAAUGGUGGCCAUAGCCGAGAAAUAUAUCAUACCAAGAGAAUGCAAAGGGUUUUCUCUGUCAAGUUUAGCUGUGAUGCAAGUUAUGUUAUUUCUGGGAGCGACGAUACCAACCUUAGACUAUGGAAAGCCAAGGCAUCCGAGCAACUGGGAGUUCUUUUGCCAAGAGAACGUAAGAAGCACGAAUAUUUGGAGGCUGUGAAGAAUCGUUACAAGCAUCUUCCUGAGGUUAAGCGCAUAGUCAGGCACAGACACUUGCCGAAAGCAAUAUAUAAAGCAGCUUCUCUGAGGCGCAUCAUGACUGAUGCUGAACGAAAGAAAUAUGAGAGGAGGAAAGCUCAUAGUGCCCCUGGGAGUAUGCUCAAGGAGCCAUUGCGAAAAAGAAGAAUCAUCAAAGAAGUCGAAUGAUUUGGGUCUUUUCUCUUCCUCGGUAAUUUCAAGUUUUGCCGGCUAUCUACUACAUAAAUAUAUAUAUAUACACACACAAUUUUCAGAUAGUGCAAAGCAUGCAUGCAAUGGCUACAGGCAGGUUUUAGGAUGUGAGAAUAGGCUUGUUGUAGAAAGAAGAGUUUGUUUUGUCUUAUCAUAAUCUGACGUAUAAAUUUUGUUUAAUUUUCCGGCCUUACUGUGGUUAUCUUUGGGGUAUGGUUUCUUUGGUUUGGAUUCAUUUUUGUGAGACAUGAAAUUUUCGAAGCUUUGGUAGCAGUGAAUUUAGGGGUCCUUUGUUUAUUUCUCCUUGUUCUGAUAGUUUUGUUUCAGUAAAUUUAGUGGCAUUCUUAAGCAAGAUGUUUUUCCUUUUU